CCCUCCUAAGCCACUAUCUUUUCCUCCCAAUCUCCUUCAUUUCUCUAAGGAAGAUUUAAGAGUCUCCUUACAUUUUAGCCACUCUUAUUCCUCCCUUGGAUUCUUAGUGACUCUUUUGGGGUGGUUGGUGGGAUAGAAGAAAGCUUCUCCCUUGACUUAAAGAUCCUCCCUUUCCUUUCUUUUCCUUAGGAAAACCCAAGCUUGAAACCCAUUAAGUCCAUAGCAACAAAAUGGAUCAAAACAAGCAAGGUGAAGCAGCAGAAGGAGGGAAUAUUGGUCAUCCAGCACAUGGCAAGAACCAAGAAGAGCAAUCUAACCCUAUGAUAGCACCUACAAAUCCUCCCAAAAAGAAAAGCUUGGAGGAACAACUCAACGACUUCUGGGCAGCACAGCGCGAGGAAGCUAAGAUGACCACUAAUUUCAAGACUCACAGCUUGCCCUUGUCGAGGAUUAAGAAGAUCAUUAAGACCGACAAGGAUGUAAAGAUGAUAUCUGCUGAGACUCCCGUGGUGUUUGCCAAAGCCUGUGAAAUGUUCAUCAAGGAGCUCACAAUAAGGGCUUGGGCUAAUACUGAGGCUCGCAAAGGGAAGAUACUUUCCCAGCGUGACCUUGUAUCCGCCAUCUCCCAGACUGCUUCUUUUGAUUUUCUCGAUGAUAUUAUGCCCAAGGAUGCAGGCUUACCAAGAACAAGCAUUGCUUCAACAGAGAAUGCUUAUCUAAACAUGCCACCUCAGCAGAAUGUUGCAGGCCUUCCAUAUGAUGCUCCAACCAUGGCCUUUCCUAAUCUAAACCAUCAUGCUCCCAAUUAGGAUGAGUGAAGAAGACACAGGUAAUGAAGGGUACUGUGUAUGGUCGAAAUUUUCAUGAGCUUUAGAUUAUAUGAGACCUUUGCUUUUGUUUCCCUACUGUUAUGUUAAAGUACUGAAUUUAGUAGUUCUCAUUUGAAUUGAAUAUUUAUAAAUUAUGAAUUUGUUUUUCGUGGCAACUUGAGCCUUGAGGGAUAAUUAGCUCCAGGGUUGCUUUUAAAUAGAAGGUUCUGCUCUUGUUUCAA